CGCCUCGAGGACCCCGGCAGCGAGCCCAGGGCUAGUGCGCUCUGAAGCUUACUACCCAGUGGAGACCCGCCCGGCCGACAGGCUUCAUGGCGGCGAGGCCAGUGUCCCGGAUGCUGCAGCGGGUGCUGAGGUCCAGCGUCCGGAGCUGCAGCUCGGGGGCUCCAGUGACGCAGCACCGCCCGGGGGAGCCCUCCCAAACUGCGGUGGAGGGGGUUUAAAGGAAAGGGAAAAACAGAAGAUUGAAAGUAGGACAUGCAGUGUUGCAGGAGAGAAGAGGCAGGGAUGGGGCUUGUUAACAUCAAAGAAAAGAGUUUGCAAGCCUGGCUGGGAGCUGUCCAGACGGAGACAGUUCCUGAGAGAGCACGCGGCCCCCUUCUCCGCCUUCCUCACUGACAGCUUCGGCCGGCAACACAGCUACCUGCGAAUCUCCCUCACCGAGAAGUGCAACCUCAGAUGUCAGUACUGCAUGCCUGAGGAGGGCGUCCCACUGACCCCCAAGGCUGACCUGCUGACCACAGAGGAGAUCCUGACCCUUGCCCGGCUCUUUGUGAAAGAAGGCGUAGACAAGAUCCGGCUUACUGGGGGAGAGCCGCUCAUUCGGCCGGAUGUGGUGGACAUUGUGGCUCAGCUCCACCGGCUGGAAGGGCUGAGGACCAUUGGCAUCACCACCAAUGGUAUCAACCUUGCCCGGCUGCUGCCUCAACUUCAGAAAGCUGGGCUCAGUGCCAUCAACAUCAGCCUGGAUACCCUGGUGCCAGCCAAGUUUGAGUUCAUCGUCCGCAGGAAAGGUUUCCACAAAGUCAUGGAGGGCAUCCACAAGGCCAUCGAGCUGGGCUACAGCCCUGUGAAGGUGAACUGUGUGGUGAUGCGAGGCCUAAAUGAGGAUGAGCUCCUGGACUUUGUGGCCUUGACCGAGGGCCUCCCCCUGGACGUGCGCUUCAUAGAGUACAUGCCCUUCGAUGGCAACAAGUGGAACUUCAAGAAGAUGGUCAGCUACAAGGAGAUGCUGGACACCCUCCGGCAGCAGUGGCCAGAGCUGGAGAAGCUGCCCGAGGAGGAAUCCAGCACAGCCAAGGCCUUUAAAGUCCCUGGUUUCCGAGGCCAGGUCAGCUUCAUCACGUCCAUGUCUGAGCAUUUCUGUGGAACCUGCAACCGGCUGCGAAUCACAGCAGACGGGAACCUCAAGGUCUGCCUCUUCGGGAACUCGGAGGUGUCUCUACGGGAUCACCUGAGGGCGGGGGCCUCCGAGGAAGAGUUGCUGCAAAUCAUCGGGGCCGCUGUGGGCAGGAAGAAGCGGCAGCAUGCAGGCAUGUUCAAUAUUGCCCAGAUGAAGAACCGGCCCAUGAUCCUCAUCGAGUUACUUUUGAUGCUCCAAGAUUCCCCACCAGCCAUUCCAAGCAUUUCCUCCCAGGACCCCUUUCGUGUUCAGGGUAUAGGACACAGAGUGAGUUUCUCCAACCAGAUGGCGACUUUGUGGAAAGGAUGCCGGGGCCCCCGGACCUCUCUCCUUGCCCAGCGGUGGCUGGGGUCCGGCCCCCCUCAGAGACACUGCAGUUCCCGCCUAGACUCAGAUACCAACCCCAAGUGCCUUAGUGCAGUGUCCCGGGCUCCUGCCACCCCCUCAGGACCCCCGCCAACCUCGGACCAACUAACCCAUGUGGACGCAGAAGGACGGGCAGCUAUGGUAGAUGUGGGCGGGAAGCCGGACACGGAGCGGGUGGCUGUGGCCUCGGCUGUGGUCCUUCUGGGGCCCGUGGCUUUCAAUCUUGUCCAGAAGAACCAGCUAAAGAAGGGAGAUGCCCUGGUGGUGGCCCAGCUGGCCGGAGUCCAGGCCGCCAAGCAGACCAGCCAGCUGAUUCCUCUGUGCCACCACGUGGCCCUGAGCCACGUCGAGGUACAACUGGAGCUGGACAGCACACGCCAUGCUGUGGGGAUCCAGGCGUCUUGCCGGGCUCGGGGCCCCACUGGGGUGGAGAUGGAAGCCUUGACCGCGGCUGCUGUGGCCGCCCUCACCCUGUACGACAUGUGUAAGGCUGUCAGCAGAGACAUUGUGUUGGGAGAAAUCAAGCUUAUUAGCAAGACUGGGGGGCAGCGGGGGGACUUCCAUCGGACUUAGUAGAGCUCUUGCCCCUCCCCCCCGGGCCCAGCCAGGUCGAGAUGGGAUGCAGUUCCGGGCAAAUCCUGCAACCCUGUCGCUGUUGACCUUCACCAGUAGGAACUCGAGGUCAGCCUACCCCCUCUACUGCUACAUGAUCGGUAGUGACCUGCAAGGUUUUCUACGUUCAGAGAGGAAACCAGCAGGCCCGUCAGCCUUCCUGGACACUACAGUCGUGGGAGGGGGUCACCACGAGCAGUGCCAACGAACAGAAAGAUCACGUCAUCUGAAAUAGUCCCCAGAUAACACAUCUAGGUUCAGACAGUCCCGUCCGUGACUUCCGCUUCUCAUUUUGGGUUUUCUCUUCUUCUUCCUUGGGGAGAGAAUAAGGGCUCACGAAGUAGAGGGAACCCGCUUUGAGGAGGGAAAAGUGCAGUUUGCAUUAAGAAUGUUCCACAGCUCCUCCAAAGCAGCUCUGCCUUCCAGAGUUUGUGGAGCCACAGCCCCACCCUUUCUUGCCUGUCACCCCUCUGAAAGGGCCAGUUAGCACCUCCUUUUACCCCAGUCUUUGUCCCAUCAAACCUGCAGGGUUUGGGCUUAACAAUUGCACUUGACCUGCCAGCUCCCUUUCCUGGGCCCCUUCCCCCUAGAACAGGACCCACACGGGCAGCAGCCCUGAGGACUCCUGACCGAGCACACAUCCCACACCUGGCCCUGCACACUGCUGUUCCACCCACCACCCACACCCCUUUAUUCUGGAACAUAUCAGGGAAAGAAGAGAGUUGAAGAUUGCCUUCACCCUCACAGCGCACAAAAUAAAGCCACAAUGCCAACUUUG